GUGAAAUCGUACCAGAUGGUGUGCUUAUUUCAAUGAAACAAAUCCUAAAGACUACUGUUUUCUGGAUUUCUACAAGUUUCGUUCGAAGCAAGUUGACUUUACCUUCUCUUUCAAAAAGAGGCAUACAAACUAGCAGUUCUGGAUCUUUUCGUGAAUAG